UCUUCAUGAAGCUUGAUGAUGGUAUUUUUCAUACAAUUUUGAAUUCGACAAAGGAGGAACUGGAGAAGUCAAGAGAAAUACUUGAAAAGAUAAUGAGAAGAGAAAUUUAUCGGACAGUGGCAAACGAGAAGAUGAAGGAUCACCAACAAAAGUACACGGAAGAAUUUAUAAAAGAAAAGAUUGGUUCCCAACAAAAUCUUAAGGAACAUUUGAUUGUAAAAAUAGUGAAGCUAAACUACGGAAUGAAAGAAGGGGGAAAUCCCAUUGAUUUAUACAAUUUUUAUUUUAAAAUCCCCCCGGAUGUUGCUUCACCAAUUCCAAAAGACGAAAUUUCCAGCAUGCUACCACCUGUAUUCGAAGAAUUUCGGUUGCAAAUAUUCUGUAAAAAUCCAGAAAAGGAAAAGUUUAUGGACGCUAAGAAAGCAUUUGAAUCUUGGUGGAAAAAAGAAAUGCGGGAAGCACUCAAGAGAAAGUCAGAUGACAAUCCAGGUACUAGUUAAAGAACCUGUGAAGAAGAAACAA